AUGCUUCGGCUAUUUGCCUUGAUUCUGAUUUUGAGUAUUUCUGGACUGCUCGCCGUACCGAAACGACGAGAUGAUGAUCCGAAUCCUCUCCACAUCAGGGACUCACCUAUUCCCGGAAUCGAAUCCUCGUUGCUCCAAUCACCAUCGGGACGCCAGGAUUGUCUGAGAGAUGAUGGGACGAAAUGCUCAAAUGAUCAAGAACAGAACUACACUCGGACACUUUACUCACCUUCUCAGUCCACAACUUCGAAAUCGCUUGGUUUCGGGUGGAAAUAUGGGGAUGACUGGUUGUCGGCAAAUUGUGACGCAUUCAGCGAUUCCAUCACUUUCGCCGAUUUCCCUAUUGGCAUGGCUUUUGGAUCAGCGAAAAAGUUGACUGGUGAUUGGACAAAAGUGAUAGCUGAUGGGGUUCUUGGACUUGGUUUACCUGGAUCGAACAAUCUCGUCAAUGUCAGUCUAACAUCCGGAGUCGCGUGGGAGUUUCAGAUUCAGGGUUGGAACUAUGGAAAUCAAUCAGCAAAAGGCAGUAUCACUCGCCUAGACACCACAUCGAGAUCGAUUCUCUUCCCGAGAGCUCAACUCGCCGUGAUUGCGCAAGCCGUUGGCGCGAUUUACGAUAACGAGAUUCAAGGGUACUAUAUUCCAUGCGAGAACGCGGUUUUCCUUCCCGAUUUCUUCCUGACAAUCGGCAAUAAACAAUUCAAUAUCCCAUACGUGGAAUACGUUGAAUCGUUUAAAAGCUCGGAUCGUUGCGAGCUGCUCUUCAACGAGAACACGAUUUGGGAGCAGACUCGGUUUGGGCCACAGGUUCGUUUGGGUCAUCCAUUCAUGCGUGCUUAUUGCACGAUUUUCGACUAUGCAACUCCAGCGAUUAGCUUUUCAAAAGCUCAUCAUUUUCAA